AUGGACCUGGCAGCCCCCGACCACUUCGAGCGAUGGGCCGAUCUGAAGGAGAUUGUGGAUGGCUACCUAUGCCGACCUUGCGCCGCAGUAGUCACCCCAGAGUUGCCCAGAGGGGCGUUCAACAUCUUGACCUUCCCCAUGGAGGAGCUCAGCCAGACCGACAACCCAUCCGUCCACCACUUUGACCUCAUCACCGACUUUGCGGGGGAGCUCAACAUCCAGGAGAUCGGGCGCCUAUACAAGCAGGCCUGCGAUCAGUCAGACCUCCAGCUGAUGCCGGCUCCCUUCGGAUUGAAAGAGCGUUGCGCCAGUGACACGAAGAUGCAGAUGACCGUCACCAAACGCAACGACGGGUCCGUGAUCAUUCUGAAGCACUUUGUCUUCCCAGAGAAGGUAAAACCAUCCUUGUUCAUGAAGAUGGCACACGGCACCGCGAACCGGGCAAAGUACAUGACUUCUGCUCCAAAGGUGGGUAGGAAGAUUUUGCAGUAUUGCCUGGAGAACAUGGGUGGUUACACCUUCAAAUGUUUCGAGAUGGAGUCCCAGGCGAUGAAGAAGGCCAAGGGGGGGUCGACUCGCUUCGAGGAGAAGGCAGAUGAGGAAAUCGAUGCCGGCUUUGAUUUCAUUGUCCAACAGGGUCCUCGCUCAUCUUCUGGCAUGCAGCAGCUUCGGUGGCAGACCAAGCAGCUAAGGCAGACUGACUCUCCCAUCUUUGGCUGGCCCCCGGGCUUGGUGGAAAAGGCGUUGCGCAAUUUGGCGGCAGAUGGCGCCCUUGCCCGGAAGGAAUUCCAGUGGCCCAUCCCGCUGACGCAGCGCUACUACAAGAAGUGGGUGCUUGAGAUGCUCGAGAAGAUUUGGGAGUUUGACCAGGCAGCCUUGGUGAUGUUGGGCGAAGCAGGUGCCGGCAAGAGCCCGCUAGGCCGCAGCGUGCUCAUGGCACAGGUGCGGCACAACAAGAUGCACUACAACGUGGAUGGCAGCCCUUGCAUCCGGUGCACGCCUGAGUUGGACUUCUUGCGCGGCGAGCAGGGGUCAAUCUUGAUGGGCGACUUUUUGGACGACACUUCCCUGAGCAACCUCAGCAUGAAGAUGGUCAAGGCGUUCCUUGAUGUCGGUCUGUACGAAUCGAUGUGCUGGGCAAGAUGGGGGGCAUCGAAGUGGGUCCAAAAUGAGCCGAGAGCCGUGGCGGACAACACGUACGACGCAGACGUGGAAAUGCCGGAGUACUUCGUGGAGGAGGUUCCCUUCAAAAAGUUCUUCGAUAUGGUGCGGCCUGCCUUUGCUGAGAGUGCAACCCCAACCCACAUGGAUGCAGUGUUCAAAAGGGCGUGCUUCUUGGUGAACACCAAGACGCAUGUUUACUACAGAGAGGCCGGCAUCAACACCAACAAAGUGCUCCGAAAGCAUGUCGAGGGCGCAGACUUUUUGACCCAGGAUGGCAAGAAGGCAUAUGGCCUGUUCAAGGAAGGCUCGAAAAACUUGUCUCCCGAUUUCGAUUCGCAGGUGCAGUUGGAGCAGGAAUGGGUGUCUGCUAUCAUGGCAAAUCGCUUGAGAAAGCGCAAGGAGGACGAGCACGAGGCGAAGAUACGUUCCCAGAUCCGGCAAGGGCUUUUUGGAGACGUCCCUCAAAAGGAGAAGUCCAUCACGGAAGCCAUGGAGGUCAAAGAGAAGGACCGGGUGCGUGUGAAGAGGGAGCGGGAGGAGGACGUUCGUCAGGAUGCCUUCCGCAAGGCCAAGGCUUUCAGUCGUCAGCUGUCUGGCGGUGCAAUCUGCAUUGAUUUGGAAGAGGACAACGAGCCCAAGGAGGACGCAGUGAAUGCGGGUGAGGAUGUGCUGAUCGAGAAAGACCAGGCUAUGGAGGAGAACGCAGAGAUGGACGAAGGCAUGGACAUGGACUUGGCCGGCAUGGAUGCGGAUGCGGGUGAUGUAUUUGAGCAUGGCUACGGCUUGGACUCGGCGACCAUCUACGAUCCACCGCUGCAAAAGUGUAGCGUAUGCAAGGAGGAUAUGGACGGGGUGAAAGUGAAUGCGUUGUCCUUUCAGCAGCUCCACGCGUUCGGUGUCUACAUGGUCACGGGUAGCUUUGGCUUUUCGAUCAAGUACUUGGAACUGUCCUUGCUUCGAUUCCUACGUGGCAACCUUGCACCUGGGCAGGUCGUGAAGUUUGCAGUGGACAACCCCACUCACAUCAUCCCCUUGGACAAAGACAUCUUCGUCUUCCCCACCCCUACCACGGUCAAGGUGUUGAGCUUCGACGGCCACUUUGGUGUUCAUCGUCGUCUUCAUGAUGACUUAGAGCCGCCCCGUACUGUGGGGCUCAAGGGACGGCCGAAGAAGAAGAAGUACCAGAAGGAGCAGCGCACAUGCACCUGUGCGAACAAGGACAGACGGAGGGAGGCGCCCCAGAAUCGGACUGGAGGAUGGCAGUUCGUCCUGGAUCCAGAUUCGCGCAGAGUCUUAGCCGCCAAAGAGCAUCUGGUCAAUGAGAACUUGCCCGACAAGGUCUCGGUGGUGAAAGCGGCCAUGGGCAUGGCCAAAGUCAACCCGGAUGCACUUGUGCACGAUGACGCUUGUCACUUCGAGAUCCACAUAAAGAAGUACAAGGCCCUCAAGACCAGCUUCAAGAACAUCAAGCACUUCGUGGUGGAUGAGUUUCACCGGUGCAAUCAUAAGUGCAAGAAGAAGACGUUGACCCCUGCUGAGAAGAAGCGCUUCAAGAAGGAGAGCAUCAACUUCUGGAAUGCGAACCUGCGAGACAUGCCCACCGUCUCCUUCCGCAGGACCAACGUGACCACCCAUGGCAUCCGCAAGCGUCCGGCAUCCAAGUAG